AUAGAGACCAUAGACGGUUCUGUUUGGGCAAUUUAAAACUCUCUUCUUUCUUCUUGUUAUUGUUGUUAACGUUUGUAGCCAAAGCUUUUACCGUGAGAACAAGAUGUCGGCGCCAACGAUGAGAACCAGCUCAGCGCCAGGUUCUUCGAGGCCGGACACAUUUGUGGACAACACAGUAGCAGAGCCUAAUCUGAAGGUCCCAGUGGAGAGCAGCAAUACACAACUUCCUCCUUUCAACAACCAUAUCAUCCCAGAUGAACUGCUGGUCAGUCUGACCUCCACUGUCUGCAACAGGAACACUCUGGGACACACUGCACACCAUCGGCAGUGCAAGGGUUGUGGAAUCAGACGACCAGAUGCAGUCUGGCAUCACCCGCUUGGACGCAAGAAAUAUCGAUACUUUCUGGAGCAGCCGACAACACUGAGUGGAGCAGGCAGGGAUAUUUCAUUCCUGUGUGAUGCUAUGGUAACGCAGAAGAAAACAGCCCUCCCACCUCUCACUGACAGAAAUAGUUGUGACACACAGAAGCUGAGUGUGUCAGAAAGUCUGAUCCCAGAGGAAUAUCACAUUGUGAAAAACAAAGGGCUGCGAAACCUUGAAUUCUACGAGGAUGCGUUCACGGUGCAGCUGCAGGAUGACGAACACAAGCUACGGGUCUUUCCUUCACUGAGGCCCAGCGGCAGACUAGAGGUGGUUCAGCUGAUGAAGAUGAUGGAUGAUAUGCUGGAAAAGGCUGGAGUGGAUCAACAGACGGAGGAGCUGACUCAGCUCUCCCAGAUGGAGGGUCUGCUGCAGCUGGUGCAGGUUGAGCAGAACAUCUACAACAUUGUUUUCCAUGAAGUGAUCAGACAGGUCAGUGUCAACUGUGCUGAGAGAGGACAGCUGCUCGCGAAGCUCAGACAGCGCUACCAGUCUCUGCUGGAGCGAAUCCCCUGCCGUCUGAAGGCUUUGCACACUGAGGCGGUGGCGCAGCGGGCUCUAGAUCGCCGGCUCACCGAAGAGAUUCACAAAAUCAAGACAUCCAUGCAGCAGCUCAGCACGGAACUGUCAAACAUCAGAGACCAUGAUGCCUUUGUUUCCCAGCAGGCACAGCAUGCUCAUGGGAAACUGGCUGAUGCUCUGGAUCAGACUCACACCAGCUCAGAUGUGGUCCAGAGUUACCACCAGCUCUAUGAGUUGCAGAGAGGUCGCCUUGAGGCUCAGCUGCUUCAGAUGACGGAGGAGAGAGACACCUGGAGCCAGCUGACCUUCUGCCUCGCUCUCAAGGUGAUCAGUGUGAAGAAGCUGCAACUGGUCCGUCAACUGCAUGUCCAUGAGCAGAGCUGGUUCAAGGCAGCAGAGCACAGCAUCCUUUACCUCACUUCAAAGGACAAUGAGGACCUGAAUGAAAUCCUGGAGCUUAGUGACUACUGGAGAGAGCAGCUCACUGCUUUCAUGUCCCAGAUGAAGAGGACUGAGCAAGUUCAGCUUCAAGAGAUAAACACCAUCCAGCAGAGCAUCACAAAAUGGAUUGCCUGCUGCACCGUACAGAACAAGUGUCCUGAACCAAAUUAUGAGAAAACUACAAUGGAAAAUAUUCAUGCUGAUUUGAAGCAGUGGUCAAAUGUGUUAACCCAACAGUGUGAACACUAUGAAGGUGAGAAGCUUUUUUGCUGCCAGCAGACACUGGGGGAGCUCAGCCGUGUCCAGGAAAGAUGGCUGAAUAAGAGCCUUCAGCUGCUCAGGCGACACUGUUCUCCUGAUGGCGAACCUCCCGAGAGUGAACGGGUCCAAAAAGAGCUGGUCGGUGUCCUAUCUGACCUCCUCAAACAGCUGGAUACACGAGUCAGUGGAGAGAGUGGGGCUCAUGGGAACCUGAUGUCACUGCUCGGGUUUGUUGAGUCCUGGGUUUCCAAGUUUGAUGCAGUAAUUUGCCAACCAGAAACCAUGUCUCUCUCUGAUUGGCUGAAGUUCGAGAAGUCACUGUGUGAUUGGCAGAGUUUGGCCAAAGAAAUCUCACAGAAUGUCUCCACCAUGAAGACAACAGAAGGACAAGGGACCGAAAGGGCCAAAGACAAAUCCAACAUACAUCUGGAGACUGAGAAGGUGUCAGAGGAAGUGAAGGAGUUCAUAACCAACCUGUCGAAAUUUACAGAUGGUGAGAACCAGAGACUCAUUGACGAGGUCGGUUCUAUCCACAUGGCUCAGACCCGCUGGAUGUUGGAUCUGUUGCUCCUCACGGUACCUGACCAUAGUGAGAGCCAGGACCAGGAACAUGAUCCUCAGUACAUCACAAACGUCUCACUGCAGACAAUAGAUGAAGAUGCCAAGUUCCUGUCUGAGAAAGUGGACAGUUUUUCCAGAUACAUCACCAGCAUUUAUAAGCUGAUUCUGGAGGAGCAGACUUCCCCACAUCAGGAUGAGAAUGAAAAUGAGAUGAAUGAGUGCAGAAAGCUGCAGAGGGAAUGCCUCGAUUGGGUGGAGACCUGUGGGAUUCUGCUCUCAGGAGUGAAACAUGGUCCUGUGGAGCUGCCUGUCAGACAGCCUGUCUCCACCUCCAGGAAUCACAUCUCAGUGUCUCCAGCAGAGAGCAGGGAGACCCUGGGGAAUGAAGAGUUUCCAGCAGAGCCUGCAACAUCCAGGAGUGACGUAGAAGUCAAAGAUGAGGCAGACCUGAAAGAUAGCAAAGCUGAAGGACAUGAAAUACAACAGCAAGAUGUUUGUGAGGGGGAGCUGGCGGUUUGUGAGACUCCAGUGGUGAGGCAGAUUGGCUAUGAUGGAAACAUCACACAAAGGAAGCUGGGAGAGAGCAGUGUCCAUCUGAAUGGGACUGAUGAACUGGUUGCUUCUCCAGUCACGGUUGAAGCUCAGAAAGCGUUUAGUGAUCUGACCACAGUGGUGUUACUGCAGCAAGAACUGCAUGACUCUGAGCUGCGGGUCCAGAUCGCUGAGCAUCGAGCCCUGAAAGCUGAGGAAGCCCUGCAGGCAGCACUGGAGAAGAUUCAGGAUCUGGAGAGACUGCAACUUCAGGGUCAGCCACUUCUGGAGCCCAAAAGUAAUGAAGAGAGAAAGAUAACACCUCCACCCUCCCCACCACCAGUAACACGCCCUGCUCCUCCAAAGAAAACAACUCCAGAGGUCAAACCAGCAAGCAGCACCAAAAGGACCAAGAAACGCUGAUUAGACAUC